UCAACCCUUGCCUUUCUUUUUGUGGUUGGACUACAUAUUUGUUCUAUCCUUCUUCUACAUUCUUUUCGCUACUUUCGAUAAGAGCGCUGGUAUCUUUGUGUGUAUUCAUACUACACCCACUUCGCUUUGACAGCCACCAAAAGUCGAUUGAAUUCGUACCAUCAACGCCAGCACACCCUUCCCUCCUUCAACAUGCGCUCUUACAUCUUCAUGGUCCUCGCGGCCCUCUUCGCACUUGCUUGUGCAGUACCAAUCACACCAUCAGCACCUCGACUUCAAAAACGGGCUGAGCAAUACCGACUACAGGGGUUGGCAGAGUUCCAAAUUGCUGAACGCCUUUCAUCUUCGGCGUCGUCAUUUGGCGUUGACCCUUGGCGGGCCCGCCUCAACAAGAAGUUGCACGCACUUCUAGACUCUCCAUCAACAGAUGAAGAGGAAAAGAUCACAAUCGAGGAGGACGCGGAAGAUUUCUCUGGCGAUAUUGCACCUGGUACUCUGGAAGCGCCCUCAGCUCUUCCCAAGGCUUUGAAGGAAGCCAGUAUGUAUGACAGGCUAUGUGCGAUGUUCCACCGCGCAGAAAGCAGUUUUGGGUAUGAGGGCAAGGAGUUGGAGCUGCGCCGACCUGAAGGAGUCCAAAACUGGAAGCAGUCUUUUGGAAGUUUCCGCCGUCGUCAUUAGAAUCAAUUACUUGGUCAUUUCUUCUCUAUCAUUUGAUCCGACUUGCAGUGAUGACAAUACUUGAAAUACUUAUUUUUUUCAAAAGAGAAAAGUAAAUGGCGAUUGAUACUCUGAUAUGCCGAUCAGAUCCGUGUCUAUUGCUACGCCCGCUCAUCAGUUUACCCACCCUAUAACUAUCAAGAUGAUGCCGUUUAACGCCAAGUCAUGUCCCAAAGAAAGAUGGUCAACAAUCAAACACCCAUAGUAAAGUCAUGCUCUAUGCCUGGUGUGACA